CUCCCGCCGGUGCGAUGCUGCUGCCGCUCGCCGUGCUGCCCUGCGCCUUCGUCCUGCUGCGGGCCGCAGCCUCUCUCCAAGUGGACAUUGUUCCAAGCCAGGGGGAGAUCAGUGUUGGAGAAUCCAAGUUCUUCUUAUGUCAAGUGGCGGGCGAGGCCAGCUCCAAGGACAUCUCGUGGUUCUCCCCGAACGGGGAGCGGCUGAGCCCGGGCCAGCAGCGCAUCUCGGUGGUGCGCAACGAUGACUCCUCCUCCACGCUCACCAUCUACAACGCCAACAUCGACGACGCCGGCAUCUACAAGUGUGUGGUCAGCAGCCCCGAGGAGGGCGACUCUGAGGCCACCGUCAACGUCAAGAUUUUCCAAAAGCUGAUGUUCAAGAACGCCCCCACGCCCCAGGAGUUCAAGGAGGGGGACGAUGCUGUGAUCGUAUGUGACGUGGUCAGCUCGCUGCCCCCCACCAUCAUCUGGAAGCACAAAGGCAGGGAUGUCAUCCUGAAAAAGGAUGUGCGCUUCAUCGUCCUGUCCAACAACUACCUGCAGAUCCGGGGCAUCAAGAAGACAGAUGAGGGCACCUACAGGUGUGAGGGCAGGAUCCUGGCCCGAGGGGAGAUCAACUUCAAGGACAUCCAGGUCAUCGUCAACGUGCCUCCCUCUGUGCGUGCCAGGCAGAGCACCAUGAACGCCACUGCCAACCUCAGCCAGUCUGUCACCCUGGCCUGUGACGCUGAUGGCUUCCCCGAGCCCACCGUGUCCUGGACCAAGGAUGGAGAGCCCGUGGAGGAGGUGGAGGAGGAGGACAAAUACAGCUUCACCUCGGAUGGCUCCGAGCUGGUCAUCCACAGGGUGGACAAGAGCGACGAGGCCGAGUACAUCUGCAUUGCUGAGAACAAGGCUGGCGAGGCCGAUGCCACCAUCCACCUCAAAGUCUUUGCCAAACCCAAAAUCACCUACGUGGAGAACAAGACAGCCAUGGAGCUGGAGGAGCAGAUCACGCUGACCUGCGAGGCCUCGGGGGACCCCAUCCCCUCCAUCACCUGGAGAACGUCCAGCAGGAACAUCAGCAGCGAGGAGAAGACGCUGGACGGGCGGAUCGUGGUGCGCAGCCACGCGCGCGUCUCCUCGCUGACGCUCAAGGACAUCCAGUACACGGACGCGGGCGAGUACGUCUGCACGGCCAGCAACACCAUCGGCCAGGACUCGCAGGCCAUGUACCUGGAGGUGCAGUAUGCCCCCAAGCUGCAGGGCCCUGUGGCCGUGUACACCUGGGAAGGAAACCAAGUGAACAUCACCUGUGAGGUGUUUGCCUACCCCAGUGCUGUCAUCUCCUGGUUCCGGGAUGGGCAGCUCCUGCCCAGCUCCAACUACAGCAACAUCAAGAUCUACAACACCCCCUCAGCAAGUUACCUGGAGGUGACCCCAGACUCGGAGAACGACUUUGGGAACUACAACUGCACGGCUGUGAACCGCAUCGGGCAGGAGUCCUCCGAGUUCAUCCUGGUGCAGGCAGACACGCCCUCCUCGCCCUCCAUCGGCAGGGUGGAGCCCUACUCCAGCAGUGCCCAGGUGGAGUUUGACGAGCCCGAGGCCACGGGCGGGGUGCCCAUCCUCAGGUACAAGGCGGAGUGGAGGGCCCUGGGCGAGGGGGACUGGCACUCCAGGCUCUACGAUGCCAAGGAAGCCAACGCAGAAGGGACAGUGACCAUCACGGGGCUGAGGCCUGAGACCACCUAUGCAGUGAGGCUGUCAGCAGUCAAUGGCAAGGGCGUGGGGGAGCUCAGCCUGCCCGCCGAGUUCAAGACGCAGCCAGUCCGGGAACCCAGUGCCCCCAAGCUGGAAGGUCACAUAGGAGAGGAUGGCAACUCCAUCAAGGUGAACGUCAUCAAGCAGGACGACGGGGGCUCCCCGAUCAGGCACUACCUGAUCAAGUACAAAGCUAAGCACUCCUCGGAGUGGAAGCCCGAGAUCCGGCUGCCGUCGGGCAGUGACCACGUGAUGCUCAAGUCCCUGGACUGGAACGCCGACUACGAGGUGUACGUGGUGGCUGAGAACCAGCAGGGCAAGUCCAAGCCUGCCCACUACGCCUUCCGCACCUCGGCACAGCCCACGGUGAUCCCAGCCAGCAGUAGCCCUGCCUCGGGCCUGGGCACUGCUGCCAUCAUUGGCAUCCUCGUGGUGGUCUUCGUGGCGCUGCUGGUGGCCGUGGAUGUCACCUGCUACUUCCUGAACAAGUGUGGGCUGCUCAUGUGCAUCGCCGUCAACCUGUGUGGCAAGUCGGGCCCGGGGGCCAAGGGCAAGGACAUGGAGGAGGGCAAGGCGGCCUUCUCGAAGGAUGAGUCCAAGGAGCCCAUCGUGGAGGUGCGCACGGAGGAGGAGAGGACCCCCAACCACGACGGGGGGAAGCACACGGAGCCCAACGAGACCACCCCGCUGACAGAGCCAGAGAAAACUCCAGCAGAGGACAAAGGCGCCGCGCAGGACAGGAAGAGCCCCGCGGCAGAGGUGAAGACGGUGCCCAACGAAGCCACACAGACAAAGGAGAGCGAGAGCAAAGCAUGAUCAGCACCGCAGGGGACGGCAGAAACCUUCACCCGAGCAUUGAAAUCACAACCCACACACCCAUCUCAUUCCUCUAGUGUCUGUUGCCUUUUUUUAAAAAAGAAAGACAAACCAACCAACCAGAAAAAUGCAUCAAUGGGGGGAGGGAGGGAAUGUCUCUUUUUUCCUUUUCUUUUUUUUUUUUUUUUCCUCUUCUUCUCUUUUUUUUAAUUUUGAUUUCUGUUGUUUGCUUUCUUUGAGAUUUCUAGAAAGGUUCUAUUCGUUGUGCACUUGCUUUUAAAAAGUAAAACGUGUUAAAAACAGGGUUAAACCCAUCACCAAACCAGGGCUCAGCUGGCCCUGUGUGUGUUCAAACAGGCAAACAUUGCAACGCUGCUUGCAGUGUGCUUGGGAAGCUCAAAAUCAAGUAGUCCUAGACAAAAAAAAACCUACAAAAAAGACAAAAAAAAAAGAGAAGAGACCCUGUUGUUUUCUUUGUUAGUAUAGCAGAGAUAACCACUGUGCUGCUGGGCACAGCUGGUGCUUAAAGAACAAAGUCCACAAUUUAUUUUUAUACUUUUCAGUCGAGUUUGAAAUAUGUAAAGCCUCAUAAAUAAGUUAUAAUUUCUGUUCACCUUGUAUCUGGUCAGUAUGCAAAGUGUCUCGAGCCCUUUGUGACUGAAUCCUGCUCGCCACCUUUAUUUGGGGUUUAUUAUUGUUAUCUCUUUUUUAGGAAGAAUGCCAAAAUUGCAGCUUUGGGGGAUGUGUUUCAAUUUGCAGUAUUCAGACUCUACAUUUCUUUUCCAAUUUUACGUUCAAUUAUUUUUUUAGUUUUUUGCUUUGUUUUGGCCAACUUUGGUUCUUUCCAGUGUUUACAAUUGACAGAUAUUUUUUUAACUUCUGUUGUGUUGAAAUGGAUGUGUAAAAUAGCUGCCUUUUUUUUUUUUUUUUUUUCCCCUUUUCCUUUUUUUGGUUUUUCGGUCAAUCCAGUCCUUUAGACACUAGGGUAGCAGCAUGCUUGCUUUGCAAAGGGAGACAUUUUCAACCAUGGAUGUUUACAGUAGUCGUUUCCCCUUUUCUCUUUUCUUAAUUAUUGUUAUUAUUAUUAUUAUUGUUAUUAUUAUUAUUAUUAUUUCUUACUGGAGUAAGAAGAAA